AUGGUGCAACCGAAGCCGGCCGCACGACGUGGCAAGGGCAGAGCCCACAAGCCGAAGAAGGCUGAAGCGAAAAAUCAGGAUGUAGCUCCCAAUUUGCACAGCACGAUUCCUGUCGGUCUCCAGCAAGCAUGUCUAGACAUCUUCUUCGCCGCCAUAAGACCAAGUGACGAGAACGCCAGCAUCCUUCAAGAGGUCAAAGGCCAUCUUUACAAUCGCGAUUUCGCUGCAGCUUUUGGCAAGGAAGAGUAUCUGCGGGUUUAUGCUGGACGCUGGAGUCCAAGUCGUGCUUUAGGCUAUCUACAGAUACUGCAUGAUGUACAAGAUCAUAUCAGACCUCCCGGAUCGGCUGUCGAUCUAUUUCGUGUUGUCUGCUUAGGUGGUGGAGCAGGCGCCGAAGUCGUGGCCUUUGGUGCUUGGCUGAGCACUUUGGAUGCGGAGAUCAAGCUGAGUGCAUGCUUUGUUGACAUCGCUGCAUGGUCGACAGUGGUAGACAUACUUCACGAACGCUUACUCAAUCCUCGUGUGUUGUCAGAGUACGCAUCUGCAGCAGCAAAGGAAACCAACACCGCGUUGCUUUCGCUCGGAGAAUAUGCAGCUAGCUUUCUACAACAGGACGCGCUCGUUUGGCCUGACACAGACUUGUUGAGCACGAUCAACAAGGACACGAACCUGGCGACACUCCUUUUCACGCUCAACGAGCUCUACACAACCUCCAUGACAAAAACACAGCAUUUCCUCGCACAACUGACGGUGGCCCUAUCGCCUGGCGCUCACCUUCUUGUGGUGGACAGCCCUGGUUCAUACUCUACCAUCCAGACCAACGAGGCUGAGAAGAAGUAUCCGAUGCAGUGGCUACUGGACUAUACGCUUCUGAACGAGAGCCGUGCUGUGCGAGCGGCGGAUCCAGGCCCGGCGCCAAAGUGGGCGAAAGUGCUUAGUGAGGACAGUAAAUGGUUUCGUUUACCUGUGGGACUGCAUUACCCUAUCGAGCUGGAGAACAUGCGGUAUCAGAUUCAUCUGUAUCGAAGGCUGUCGGAUGGAUUGAAUCGACAGCCUUAUCUAUCGACUAGCACCAACCAGACGCUUGCCGGUUUUACACUCUUUCACGCCACGCCCACAACACCAGGCACAAUCUUCGAUCAGAAAGCCCACUUGCUCAUGCCAGACCACAUGUUGGACGUUCGAAUCGUGGCUCAGGAAGCCGAGACGUCACUGGGAGUCGCAACGGCCGUCGAACUGGACCAUCUGGGUGUGGGCGUAGGGGUGAUGUUAUGUUGGAGUGGUUGA